GGGAGGAAAGUUUUAUUUCAUUAUUUUUCACCGGCUCUAUCAGACGACAGUUUUAGUCGAGCACAGUCCGCUAACUCGUUCAUGUCGCACGCCAAAAGCGAAACAAUGAGAAAUCAAGGUGUUCUCGCCAUCGUUGCAAUCCUGAUAGUUUCCAUCAAUGGACGGGUUUACUACUUGCAGAAUCCAGAUGGAAAUCGAUACGGUGGCUUGGCUUACCCCGUUCCGAAUGAACAAUCUUCGCGCGAUCUGGAUCUGAGCUUCUACGCCGGGGAAGACGAAGCCGAGAACAUGAUACACCCUGUUAAAAAGGUAUACACGCUCGCGCCGUCAGAAAAGCCGUUCGUCGAGGUGAACAAAGAGGAGUUACCACUUGCACGUUACAAAUUAGUCCAGGCACCCGUUAAGAGGGUUGGAUUGGACGAUAUCAUCGUUGUUCCCGAGCAGGGUCGCAAAACUGUGAAAAUUGAUGGCAACAACAAGGGUGAAGUAAUCUUGGAACUUCGCGUAAUCGCCAAUCACGACACCGUUUGAUCAAGUUCGCGGGAAAGUGUAAAGAAUACUCCAAAAGAGACUUUAGAAUUUUCUUUAAUAAAAUACAA